UGGAGUUUGUGGAAAGUGAAAUAAAACUCUGACCGGCAAAGCAGGCAUCCGUCCGCCAAGUUAUGUCAACUCCAGGUUAACAAACUCUCUGGCUGCAAACACCCCCCCCAGCUCCUAACUCGGGAGAGGAAACACAGGAGUGGAACUUUCACCGACGAGGGACGCGAUUCCAACAGGAAUAUCCGGAGAGAUGGCAUUUUUUUUUCCCCCCUCGCCCAUGGCUAGCACCCUGAGCUCCGAGUUCAGAUUCUAACGUAGGGCGUGUGUCAGACGUGAAUCGACAAAACAAUAAAGUGACUAUUUCACAGGGUGACGGGGCAGGAUUUUAGCAAGGUGGUGUGCAGACCUGUGUCUCAUCACGAGACGUGACAGUGCAAAGCUGUGCUGAGUCUGUUUAUGGAUAAACAAAAGGAAGAGCAAGAGCUACCACUUUACAAGAAGGACAAACAGUCCUUCACAGACUCACUCCCCAGCCUGUUGGUUAAUAUCAAACCCGCCGACAAAGUUUACAGCGUUUGCUGAGCCUUUGGACUGACAGGGAUAGAGUUCCCAGGGAAGGCAGCGUAGAAACCUGAAGCUGUUGGAUUUUUCAGGAGGGGAAGAAAGAGAGAGAGAGGGGGGUGACUCGCAAAAUGGAGAUGGGCGUGGAUUUCUGUCUUGACUUGUGAGGUCAGUGCUGUGUCCACACCCUCUUUCAUGAACACACACAAAAAAAGGUGUACACAGCACACAGUCAGAAAUAGACAGAGCUACCUGCAGGGUGAGACACACCUGGGACUCGUUCGGUCAAAGUUGCUGCUGCAUUUUGUGGAUUUUAUUGACGUGCUGAAGGAUUGGAUCAUUUCUUGAUUUUGCCACAUCAACAGAUCAGCGAUGAGCUACGGGUCCAAAGACCUAAAGGGAAUGCUCCAAUAUGGGGAGAAGUCUUCAAAGCCCAGUGGCAGGUCCCUAUAUGAGCAAAGGAAGAAAUAUUCGAAUUCCAACUUCAUCAUGGAUGACCGGUCGCAGUACUACGUGAACCACUUGACCACCUUCCCAUUGGGUCCUGGGGAAGAGACACAAACCGUGGAGGAGUCCGUCAAGAAACUGAAGGCCCUGGACAGCAAAGGAAGGAUCUGGACCCAGGAAAUGCUGCUACAGGUCAACAGCUCGGCCAUCAGCCUGGUGGACAUUGAAUCCAAGGAUGAACUGGAGACUUACCCACUGGAUGCGGUCGAACACUGUGACUCGCUGCUGGACAAGUGGAGGUUUGACUCAAUCCUCAUCCUCGUGUGCCAGGAAGCUCACCAGGCGAAUCCCGAAAUCCACUUCUUCCAGUGCUCCGAGGUUGGGGCUGACCUGAUUAAGAGUGAUAUCAACAGCGCGAUCACAGACCUGCGGAGUGGCGGCAGGAGAGAGAGACCAAAUGCUCUCAGAUUCAACCAGGAGAAAAUGAAUGAGCAAAGCACAUCGCCACCUUCCCCACCCAUAAGCAGGGCUCCCCAAGCACCAGCAUACUACAACCCCAUGAACACAGGGCACAGGGCAGUGCCAUCAUCUCCAACAAAUGCAGCCACACCGCCAACGGCCAGUGCAGAACUCAAUGGGACGGGUGGAGUUCCACAAGACAUAUCUGAACAGAGGACAGCUCGUGAUGUGACGAUUCUCAAUCACACGUUCGAUGAUAUCGAAGCCUUCAUGGUGAGGCUACAGAAGACAGCUGAAGCUUUCAAGAUCCUGGACCAGAGGAAGAAGAGCAGAAUGGGAAAGAAGCGAACUUCCAAAGAGAGUGGGGAGGGUCUCCUGACGCUGAGAGCACGGCCCCCGACCCAGGAGGAAUUUGUCGAUGUCUUUCAGAAGUACAAAUACUCCUUUAGCCUGCUGGCUCGGGUGAAGAACCACAUUGUCAAUCCCAGUGCGACUGAACUAAUCCACUUCCUGUUCUCGCCCCUCGACAUGAUGGUGCAAACAGUGGGUCAGCAUGUCGCCAGAUCGGUCACCACGCCAUUCCUCACCAAUGAUGCCGUCCACCUCUUGAAAAACACGCUCAAUGAGACAGAGAUGGCACAGUGGCAGUCGAUGGGAGACUACUGGACAAAACCCAGAUUGGAAUGGCCCACCGAGCACUGGGGAGCACCGUACCAUAUCCAAUUCCGAUCAGGAUGGCAGCCGGAUAAUCUGGAUCCCAACGGAGCUCCGUGGGAAGAUCCCGUGGAACUGCAACACAAACACGAGUUGCUGCGGAUGCAGCAAUCAGGCUCACAAACUGCCCCUGUGAAACAGAGCAAUGGGACUCACAACGUGGAGAACAAACCGAUGAAAUGCAGCUACGACUUUGUGGCCCGGAACAGUAACGAGCUCUCUGUGUUGUCUGGAGAAAUGGUCGAAGUGCUGGACAAUUCCAAGCGGUGGUGGAAGGUGCAGAAUCAGAGCGGGCAGGUUGGUUAUGUCCCCUUCAAUAUCCUGGAGCCUGUUCCUGCCCAGGAUGUCGUUGACAGUUCAUCUGUAUAUGCAGAAGUGCACAAGGGGAGACAAACUCCGAAAGGCACCCCACCCCCCACCCUCCCGAAAAGGGUGAGCCAACCCCACCCCGAACAGGUUGGCUGGGACUCGAACCCUGAGAAUCUCGGCGUGACUCAAAAAGAGAGAGAGCGUCAUGCCCAGAUUAACGUCAUGAAUGAAGAACUCUUAUUGAGGAUUGCCAAUGGCAGAACAGCACAGCAAAAGUCCUUCCAGGUGCAGAAGACCCUUGACACCUCUGUCCCUCUGGACUACAAUUCGUCCCCAAGUGAAGUCAAGACUUGGCUGGAGGCCAAAGGCUUCUCUCAAAUGACGGUGAAUUCUCUCGGGAUCCUCACUGGUGCCCAGCUCUUCUCCCUGCAAAAAGAUGAACUGCGGUCGGUGAGCCCAGAGGAGGGCACCCGUGUCUACAGCCAGAUAAUGGUCCAGAAAUCACUGCUUGAGGAUAAUCGGUCUGUAACAGAGUUGGAGGCCAUAAUGGAAAAGCAGAAGAAGAAGGUGGAUUCUGAAAUAAAGAUGUCGACCUUGUGAGGACAGGAGAAGCCCAUCUAAUUCCAAAUACAUAGACUUCAAUUUUUGUUUCGGGCAAGUCCUCGGACACCUCAGCUGCCAUGUUUGAUGUGACAAUGAGCGACAUUAGUAUUGUACCCUUCACAACGCCAAAGUUACCGAAGGGAAAUGUACAUAGAAUGUAGAUUUGUCUUUCACUUCCAUGCAUAUUGUAUUUUGAUAAGAAUCAACCGUUUUAAGGGAUGAAGUUAUAUUGAUCUAAAAUUACACAUUCAUUACA